UGCACUCAUUCAGUUUUCCUCGCGUUCAACUAUUAAGUUUCUAUCAUUGUGUCGCGCUUGCCUGCUGACUACUACAAUCUUUUAGCCGCCGUUGCAGCAGCAGCUACUACAUCCAGAAUUACUACUACUUUCCUGACACGCUCAAACUGACUUCUUACAAACUGACGACUGCACCCGUUUUCUCCACUUUCUUCACUACUUCUCCCCUACCUAGCUUUCUUCCGUGUGUGGUAGACCACUUUCUAAAGGCUCUUUCCAUGAAAAAUGUGAAAUAGCUUUAAAUAUUUUUCUUUCACCUUUAUAUACGGAUUGUUUACCAAAAUGGGUUUUGAAGGAAAAUCGUUCUGUCUCAAAUUGUGUGUGUUAUGUUUCACCUUUUUAUUUUGGGUUCUUGGAGCUGCUAUCUUUGGAUUCUGUCUCUGGCUUCGGUUAGACUUUUGGUAUGACCAUAAUAUAGGAGUUAACUCAGUUCUGAAAAUAUACCAUAUUGCUAUUUACAUAGCGAUUGCAGUUGGUGGGCUUAUUAUUAUUUUUGGCAUUAUUGGAUGUGUCGGUGCAAUCGCUUCUCGUCUGGUGCUAUUGGUCCUGUUCUUGGUAUUCCUGGUCUUAAUAUUCCUGCUUGAAGUUGCUGGUGUAGCUUAUUGCUGUGUUAAAAGAGAGGAGUUUCAAAACACCAUAUCAGAAGGGAACUUAUUCAGAGGUUUUAUCCAAACUGACUAUGGCAGCGACCAAGGAAAGACCCGCAUCAUUGACUUUGUGCAGUGGAAACUGAAAUGUUGUGGUGGACAAAGAUACACUGAUUAUUUGAGCUCCAGCUGGGCUCAUCAGAACCAAAAUAAUAUUGGCCAAGUACCCUUAUCUUGCUGUGCUGACUAUAAAUCUAAUGAAGCCUCUAAUAUCAAUAACUAUGGUUGCAAAGCAGAGGGAAACCUGAGUUACAAGAAAGGUUGUGGCAGAGCAAUUGUAAAUCUUGUCGAAGAACGUCUUCUCCUUAUUACUGGAAUAGUGGUUGCUAUUCUAGGAUUACAGCUAUUUGGGUUCCUUUUCAUUGUAUUGCUUAUUUGUUACCUGCGGAAACCGCCACCUCAGCAGCCUGAUGAUGUAGUGUACGAGAUGGCUCGCACUCAAGAGAAAGCUCCAUAUCCAACUCGUGGAAACACUUACUCCAAUUUGUAACUGCUCCUGAAAGCGACUUUUACCACUGGUCAAGCCUAAUGCAACAGUGACCUGUUAUUACACUAGAUGACCACUUCGUGUGAAUAUUUUGUGUAUAAAGUUGGUUUACCAGUGGAAAAAAUGUCCUGGAGGUAUCUGUCUGGUACCAAAUGGGUAAUAUCAAUAUAAAAGAAAAAAAUUGAAAGAGAACUAUAGCCUCAAUAUAGUUUGUCAAUCCUAAUCAUGGAUUUUUAAAACUGCUACAAAAGUCUCAUUGUGUAACUUUUUCUCCUCACAACUUAUUUCUUUAAGAAACAAAAAAGUUAUAUUGUGACUAAGUAUUGUUGACUUCAUUUACUUUCCCUGGCUUAUUUUUGCAGUUGGGUUUAUCUAUUGCCAUAUUAAAAAAAAAAAAAAAAACCUGAAUUUGUAUAGUCUCUCUUUUCCACAAAAAAAA